AUGAAGUACCUCAUCAUCAGUGCCAUAAUUGUGUUAAGCUGCCCUUUAUACACACUGCCAAAGAGUAUUAAAUCUACUCCAAUACCUAAUGGGAAGUUUGUUGAAGACAAUUUCGAUAACAGCAUCAUAGAUUUUGAUGAAGAGUAUACAAUAAAGUAUGAUAAGAAGUAUGGAAAUAUCCCGUGGAACUCUAAUGAUUAUUUUAACAAAGAAUCACAUAAAUAUACCAUAGUAAAAGAAAGUGAUAAGAAAGUAGAAAAUAAGUUCAAUAAUGAUAUAAACAAAACAGAAACCAAAUUAGAAGUAACGUCUACUACAGACUAUAGUGUUAUACCUGUAGAACUGGUAAGUACAACUGAUAAUACUCCGGUAAGUACAUCAGAAAGUACAACGGACGCUGAUUUGACAGUAAUCCCUUUGCCAACAACAAAGAAAACUCCAAAAAUUGAGAUUAAACAAACAGUUACAUUACCAUCUUCUACACAAGAGACAGACACUACAACAGAUAUAUACACAGAGUUUACAGCGAGUACUCCUACCACCACCGAUGUGGCUAUAACAGAACGGUAUACGCAAACCACACAAUGGACACCAACAACAACGGAUUCCAGCCCAAUAGAUCUAACGACUACCGAAAGUACCUUUGAAAAUACAGAAGUACCAAAAAUAGCAAACAAAACUGAAGUAUUUAUAAAAAUUAAUAUUAUUGACACAAAUACGACGAAUAAAGAAAAUAUAAGUAAAAUAGACUUAAGUACCGAAGUAGAAGACACAGACGUGCCUAUAUUCACGGAGUUAGAUACUGAAGACGAUGGAGAGGUACCAGAAGAUUAUUACGAUACUAAAGAUAUUGUUCCAACCACUGCACCAAAAACUGACGCCUUAUCAGUCAUUUUUGGAUUUGCCGGGAGUGUAGUAGAGAGCGUUGUUGGAACAGUAGCAGAAAGAGUUGUGCCAAAAGGUAUCGUGGAUAUAUUUAGACGGAUGCAAAGACAAAAUGAGAUGCUGGAAGCGGAAAAACUGAGGAGUCGUGAGGAGAAUGGUGGAAUUGGUCAGUUCGGCCGCGGCAUCCUCAAAACCAUCUCCUCAGGAAUCAGCAGACCUUUGAGCCAGUUAAUGGCAGGGGUCCGGGAUAUAGGGUCGUUGGACAAUGACCGGGGCUUUGUGUCCGGGAUAGCAUCAGGAGUGGCUUCAGGAGUGACCAGUGUGGCAAACGUUGCCAAUUCUGUCGUAGAACAGUUCAAGGAUCGCGUUCAAGCUAUUUAUCCAGGUACUGUCUGGUGCGGUGAUGGGCGAUCUGCAUCAGCCCGCUCCAGCGACCUUGGGCUGUUUUUCUUCACGGACACGUGCUGCAGGCAACACGAUGCCUGCAAGAUAUACAUCAAGGCUGGGGAGACCAAGUACGGGCUUACCAACACCGGUCUGUUCACUAGGUCUCACUGCAGUUGCGAUGCCAAGUUCCGUGAUUGUCUUCGAAAGACCAAUUCUUUGGUUUCAGCACAGAUUGGAGUAACUUACUUCAGUGUAUUGGGACCACAGUGCUUUAGGAAGGCGCACCCUAUCGUCAAAUGCCUGAAGAGAACUAGGAUCACAGGAAUGAAGUGUGAAGAAUACGAAUUGGACUACACCAAACCCAGGAUGUGGCAGUGGUUCGACAACGAGACCUUCUAA